AUGGGCAUUUACGACGCACAAGCAGUCGUCCCGAAGCUUGACGCAUCUGGCUCGAACUUCUGGAAAUGGGACGCUGCAAUUACCCUGUACUCGCAGAUUCACAAUGCGUCAGAGGUUCUCACUGGCGAGAAAACACGACCAUCCAAUCCAUCUUACACUGGCAAUAUUGACGAGCCUGGGGCCCUCGAUGUAUCAACAUUGGACCCACACAACGGCGAGCACCAUCAGCUCAUGGCCGAGCGUAAGGCAUUUGACGACGAUCGUCAAUCGAUCAAUGAACACAUCAUCAAGUCUGCAGAGAAGCAGAAGGAAAGGAUCAAGCAUUGGGGCAGACUCGACGCAGCUCUCAAUAUGACCUUCCUUACCUCGAUUCCCCGUGAGGUUUACGAAGCAAUCCAAGGCCUCCAUACCGCAGCAGAGCAAUACAAGGAGAUCACUCGACGCUAUCGCGAGGGCCUCCAUGAGGCCUAUACAGCAUGGACUGAUUUCUCCAAGCUCCGCUGCGCGGACUGCACAAACACGCUCAAAUUUACGGACAAGUUCCGUGCCUCACUCAACAAGUUGAAGGACAUGAAGCUUCAGCUACCUGACAAAGGCGUACUAUACCAAUUCAUCCUCGCGAUCGAGGAGUCCUACCCUGAUUACGCACGAGUCAAGGACAAAGCGACAACUUUCCUAAGCAGCAAGUACCUCUCUCACAUAUCGCCCCAGAUCUAGCCAUGCUUUAGAGGCUACGUCGGCCGAUGGAUUGCUCUUAAGUUCUCCCAGUACAAGGAUCUGCUUCCAGUGGCAUUUAGCGUCCACGCCAGCACUCAGGUCGUCCACAAAGCCAACAUCCAACUCGCAGUCAGCCGCGGAGCCUCGCAAGGGCCGGCGGGGCCGCGCUAGCGGUCGUCGUCGAG